UGAGGAUGACUCAGGCCGAGGCUACGCUCUGCUCCUUGCUGCUGAGAGAGCAUUACGGAGAGAUCGUGGACAGGGUGGGAACGUAUUUGAUCCGGACCGGCAAGCAGCCUCUACGAGUAAUCGCUAAGGACACCGGCACCUCCCUGGAUCAGGUGAAAAAAGCUCUGUGUGUUCUAAUCCAACACAACCUGGUGUCGUACCAGUUACACAAACGCGGCUUCGUGGAGUACUGUGCGCACUACGACCGCUGCCUGCGGAUCCUCCGGUACCCGCGCUACAUCUACACCACAAAGACCCUGUACGGUGACACCGGAGAGCUGAUCGUGGAGGAAUUGCUGCUCAACGGGAAGAUGACCCUGAGCGCCGUGGUGAAAAAAGUGGCCGACAGACUGACGGAGUCCAUGGAAGAAGGGAAGAGCAUGGAUUACGCCGAGGUGUCUGCAAUGUUCACGCGUCUGGCAGACACACACUUUGUACAGAGAUGUCCGGGUCUCACCGAAGCGGACAUGAUGCAAGGAGCGGAAGGCAAGCCUCCGGUAGCUCCGUCCCUGGUCACCAACGAGAAGGAGAUGUUCACGGUCCCCAGAGUCACCCUGCUGGGGCGAGGCAAGAGGCGGAGGUCAUCGGAUGAAGAUGAAGGCAGCAGUCAAGCGAAGCGGACGAAGAAAGAUACCGGUGCAGAGUCCGAGCAGGAUGAAGGAAUAUACUGGCAGGUCAACAUGGAUCGCUUUCACCAGCACUUCCGUGACCAAGCGAUCAUCAGCGCCGUGUCCAACAAAAUGGACCAGACCAGCAGUGAGAUUGUCCGGACCAUGCUGAGAAUGAGUGAGGUGACCACGUCUUCCAGCGCUGCGUACACCCAUCCACUGUCCUCCAACGAGAUUUUCAAAUCUUUGCCAGCCGGAUACAAUAUCUCCAAACAAGUGCUGGACCAGUACCUGACUCUGCUGGCAGACGACCCGUUGGAGUUUGUCGGACGGUCCGGAGACAGCGGUGGAGGAAUGUUCGUCAUCAAUCUCCAUAAGGCAAUUGCUACAUUGGCCACUUCAAAUUUGGAAUCGGUUGUACAGGAGAGGUUCGGCUCCAGGUGCGCCAGGAUUUUCCGCCUCCUCCUUCGCAAGAGGCACUUGGAACAGAAACAAGUGGAGGAUUUUGCUAUGAUCCCUGCCAAAGAAGCCAAAGACAUGCUGUAUCGGAUGCUGUCUGUAAACCUGGUCUCUUUGCAGGAAAUCCCCAAAACCCCCGAUCACGCGCCGUCACGCACUUUCUACCUGUAUGCAGUGAAUACCCUGCCCACGGCUCGCAUGCUGAUGCAGAAAUGUUACAAGACUGUGUCCAACCUGAUAGAGAGAAGACAGUUUGAGACCAAAGAAAACAAGCGCCUGUUGGAGAAAUCCCAGAGGAUCGAGGCCAUCAUAGCGUCUAUGCAAGCCACGGGGGCAGAGGGCACCCAGCUGCAGGAGAUAGAAGAAAUGAUCACCCCUCUGGAACGCCAGCAGAUUGACAACCUGAGACGCAAUGUUAACAGGUUGGAUGCCAGUGAGAUCAAUGUCGAUGACACCAUCUUUAUUUUAGAAUCUUACAUCAACAGCACAAAGAUCAAAAGCUGACCGACACCAAAAGAAAUCCGCUGUGUCGCUGCUAAAAACAAAACUUUACCUUCUGUCUGACUCUGUUAUUCCACAUUGGAAAGAAAUAAAGCAAGUUAUACCA